AUGGCCGAACGACUCGCAGAUGAAAAAGCCGUUGGUCUUCGAGUCCCAGAAACGGUCCACAAUGAGUAUAGUGAUCAGGACGUAACAGACCAGGAACGGCGGAGCGAGAAAGCACUUAUCCGCAAGCUUGACUGUUUCAUCGCGCCUGUCAUGAUGUUAUUGAUGCUCAUUAGCUAUUUGGACCGCGGCAACAUUGGAUUUGCUGCGACUCAGGGCAUGUCGGCGGACAUCCGCCUCAAGGGUUCCGAAUUGAAUACCGCAGUUUCGGUGUUCUACAUUUUCUACAUCCUCGCAGAAUUUCCUACCUCCAUCUUGGUCAAGCAGCUCCAAUUCAACCGAGUCAUUCCCACUAUCACCUUCUGCUGGGGAAUACGCGAGGAGCUGGCUGUCCGCAUAGCGUUCCUCUUUAUCGCGUCAGCUCUUUCAGGAGCCUUCGGGGGCUUGCUGGCCUGGGCCAUGCUGGGUAUGAAUGGUGUGGCCAAUAUGCCAGGGUGGCGAUGGCUCUACAUUAUCGAAGGCAUAAUUACAGUCGCUUGGGCUGCAUGUUGUGUCUUCCUCGUACCGAGGGACUCUGAGACAGCCUAUUUCUUGAAUGCCGAGGAAAAGCUGCUCAUGAGAAAACGCGCCGAGGAAAUGGCGUCCUAUAGUGGAGGAUCGGGUCACUACGGGAAAAAAGACAUCAUGGAAGCUGCUAAAGAUAUAAAGAGUUGGGUGCAUGGUGUGAUACAGAUCGCGGUGGUAACUAUUCUGUACGGUUUUGGCACGUUCCUCCCCAUCAUCAUCAGACAAGGUUUCCGCUACUCUCUGGUACAAGCCCAGUAUCUAGUCAUCCCCGUCAACCUUUGGGGUGCGCUGGUCUACGCCGUGGGUGCAGUGCGUUCAGACAAGUACAACAAGCGUUUCCUCCCGAUGAUCAUCUGCGCACCUUUUGGCAUUGCAGGCUAUGCGAUUCUUCUGUGUGAAGUGUCACCUGCCGUCCAGUACUUUGCCACUUAUCUCAUCGCCACAGCUUGUUUUCUGUGGCAGAUCUACCAGACCAAUGCCGCCCCUAAAUUUACGCUGGGUCAUGCGUGGUCUUUGGGAUGCCUGGCAUUUGCAUGGCUUGGAUGGUGGGUGGUGCGGUGGAUCUAUCUCAGACGUCAGGCGGGUAAGGAUCAAGCUACAAUCGAAGGAGUCGGUGUAAUUCCAGAGAAGUAUACAGAUCGUUCGCCCGAGUUCAGGUAUCAGAUAUAG